AGUUGAGGCAGGGCGUUUUACCGAGAACGCCACAGGAUUGGGUAAAACCACGUCUACUACUAACUUGCCAGCAGGGCCGCAGCCGGAUAUCCUUUGUAAUUUUCAAGUGUGCUUGUUAGAUCUUGCUCUUACAGUCUUUCCCUACUUCAUGAGCGUAAUCCCCUGCUAGGCUUCCCCAGCCGGCCAGAAAGCAUUUUACAUGAAACCAGCCGACGUCGCGCUCAAUUUCGGCACACCAUCUGGUUCUCCUCGAACGUCUUCAGACUUUGAGGAACUCAAUUAUCCACAUCACCAUACCGCAACUUCCAACUCUCCAACAGGUAGCCUAGGCUGGACCGCAGUACCACGUAGAGAGGAGGAACUACCUUUACCACAUUACAUGAGCGAGGACACCGCUCGGAGGCGGGUCCCUCGUGCGCCUGCUGUAGAUGGAGGAGAGACGUUCGUUGCACAGGAUGAGAAGCAUCCUAUGGAUUACGACGUCUACGAUGAUGGAGGGAAGGACGUAUAUGCCAAGAUGAAGGCGGCGAGGGGACCUGUAGGGAGUGGUCGGCUAAGGCGACCGCCAGCCCCUCCCCCUACCACUGUCGGAGAGCUGAUUCAACAAAACUUGGAACAUAUUCCACCCAUCAUUUAUACCUUGCUCGCUUGUUGGACGCGGUUCCAUAAGAUCGGUAAAUCCGGUAAUGUUAUUUGGGAUGAGGCGCACUUCGGAAAGUUUGGUAGCCAUUACCUCAAACGCGAGUUCUAUUUCGAUGUGCAUCCGCCACUGGGAAAGAUGCUCGUUGGUCUUGCCGGCCUUCUGUCAGGCUAUGAUGGGAGCUUUGACUUCAAGAGCGGAGAAGCAUACCCUGAACACGUACCUUAUACCGCUAUGCGAGUAAUAAUGGCGACCUUCGGUGUUGCGAUGGUACCUUUGGGCUGGUACACAGCUGUGGAGCUUGGCAUGAGUUGGCGAGCAUGCCAUUUGGUUGCGCUGAUGGUUCUUUUUGAUGUCGCUUGGUUGUGCAUCUCUCGCUUUAUUCUUCUGGAUUCGAUGCUACUUUUCUUCACGUUCACUACCGUUUUUUGUCUUUCUAAAUUCCACAACCAACAAUACCACUCCUUCUCUUUCGAUUGGUGGAUGUGGUUGGCUAUGACUGGAAUUUCAAUCGGUUGUGUCACUAGCGUGAAAUGGGUCGGGCUUUUCGUCACGGCUUUGGUUGGGUUGUAUACCAUUGAAGAUCUUUGGGACAAAUUCGGUGACCUCAAGAUGCCUGUGCGUGAUCAAAUACGACACUGGGGUGCUCGCAUCGGUUGCCUUAUUGUCCUGCCGAUACUAGUAUACAUGGCUUCCUUCAAGUUGCAUUUCUUGAUCCUGAACCACUCAGGUCCUGGUGAUGCCCAAAUGAGCUCCUUGUUCCAAGCUAAUCUUGUUGGCAAUGACUUUGCAAGCAAUCCACUGGAUGUCGCCUUCGGUUCUAAGGUUACUCUGAAGAACAUGGGUUGGGGUGGUGGUCUCCUUCACUCACACGUUCAAACAUACCCUGUGGGUUCAAAUCAGCAACAAGUUACAUGUUACCACUACAAAGAUGAAAACAACGACUGGUACAUCACUCCUCGAUGGGGCGAGCCAGAGCCAGACGCCGAAGGCCCUAUCCGGUUCCUCCAAGAUGGGGAUGUCAUUCGACUUCGACACGCAGCUACAACCCGCAAUCUUCACUCUCAUCCCAUUCCCGCACCUGUCACCAAAUUGAAUCACGAAGUGUCCUGUUACGGCAACUUGACCAUCGGCGAUGAACAUGAUUAUUGGGUUGUCGAAGUCGUUGACGAUAUAAAACGCGGCAAGAAGAACAAUGUGGAUAAGAUUCAUUCGCUCACUACUCGUCUGCGAUUCCGUCAUCAGGUUCUCGGUUGUUACCUUCGUGCCGCCAAUGCGAUUUUGCCUCAGUGGGGUUUCAAGCAGGUUGAAGUCAGUUGUGAGAAAGAGAAUAAUCCUGGAGACGUUCACACUUAUUGGAACGUCGAGAGUCAUUGGAAUGAUCGCUUGCCGCGUGGCAAUACCAAGUUCUACCGCUCGCCAUUCUUGAGAGACUUCUGGCAUCUAAACGUUGCCAUGAUGACGUCAAACAACGCUUUGAUUCCUGACCCCGACAAGGAGGAUAUUCUCGCUUCCAAACCUCUUGACUGGCCAUUCCUGCGCCUUGGUUUGCGCAUGUGUGGUUGGGGGGAUAAUCAGACGAAGUACUACCUCCUUGGAACACCUGUCAUCUGGUGGGCUGGCACAACGAGUCUGGUCGUGUCCCUCUUGGUCCUUGCUGUCUAUUUAAUUCGUAUGCAACGACGGUAUGCGGACAUGGAACCAAGAGAAUGGGAUCACUUCAUCUAUGUGGGGAAAAUCGCAUUCUUUGGUUGGUUUUUGCACUACUUCCCCUUCAUGAUCAUGGGACGAGUCACAUAUGUCCACCACUAUCUCCCCACCCUCUACUUCUCAGUCCUGAUGUUCGCUCAUCUUGUUGACCACUUUGUGUUGACAUCAAAACGAUUCUCCGAGAAGACGAAAUGGAUAGUAUUCGGCGCCCUAUCCUUCACAAUCUUUGCUUGCUUCUGGUGGUUCAGAGGUCUUGCGUUUGGUAUGGAUGGUCCUAUCAAUGAACACUGGGGCCUAAGAUGGCGAAGGAGCUGGAAUAUUUAUAACGACUAACGUAGAAUCAUACCUGUACCUUUUACAGCUUGUCCCUCGUAUAUAGGCUAUUUUCAAAGGACGCUUCUCCAAUUUAGUUUUCAACAUGGCACUCAUACAUACCAUAGGAUUUGAUAUUAUAUUCGGAGCUGUUGGUGACCUUGUAAGAGGUAUCAUAUUGCGGCAGUGUCCCCGACCAUUCGGACAG